AGAACAACCUGUAAAGUCCUCAAACGGGUGUCACCAGUCCCCAUAAGUGGCCCCCGCAUGCAGCAAGAAGUUAUCAGUAGCGACAGGAAGACCUUACAUCAAACUUCGACACGUACCUCUCAAACCUACAUGAUGAAAUCGGACUGACUGAAAACACCUAACACAGAAAACAAGAAGUAGCCGCGGAAACUACCAAACACAGAAAACAGAACUAGCAGAUAAACAUUUUUUGAUUUUCCCUCCUUAGAGUGACAAAUUAACUGACAUGCCUCUCACAAAUUUAGGCUUGCAACCGGAAACCAGAAUAACAGCUUUCAACCACCACACAUCUUGUGAAGGACUAAACACAGACAGUGAAGCUGCGAUGACUGGUCAUGUUGGAGGAGAGCAAGGAACGUCAGGAUAUGAGUGAUAACAUUAACAAGUUUCACAACAAUGAAUUCUACUCUGCAAUUAUGGAUGAAGACUCGGAACGCAUAGAAGACAUGUCAAAAAAGUAUGGCAGCAAUUUCCUCAUCAAGAUACAAAACGGUGCACCUGGAAAAGUUUCGUGGAAGGGUCUUGCUAUCCUCCCCCUUCACCUUGCUGCCUCUUUCAGAAGAGUAAAGAGCAUGCAGAGCCUGCUGUCAGCAGGGGCAGACCCUGAAAUGAGGAACCGGCUCGGUCAGACCACUCUGCACUUGGUGAUAACCGGUUGGCCAAGCAGCCUGGCUGCUUGGCCAAAACCAAGUUGCAAGGUGAAGACUGCUGUGAGCGGCGUGUGCAGGCAGGCAGAGGCCUGUCUGCGGCUCCUCUGUGAGCACGGUGUUAACGUCAAUGCAGAGGUGGAGGGAGAGAGUCACCAGACAGCUCUCCACCUAUCGGUACGCUAUGCAGCUCUGUCUGCCAUCCAUAUUCUGGCCCGCUAUGGUGCUGAUGUUAAUGCUGUGGACAGCAGUGGGAUGACGCCCCUGCAUAUGGCCGCUGGGAUCCUCCGUAAGGACAUUAUAGCCAGUUUGAUCAAGGAGGGAGCAGAUGUCAGUAUGGAGGUGAAGCAGUCUGGGAACACUCCUCUUCACCUCGCUGCCGUGGCGAUGACUAUGAAGACCACUAAAACCCUGGAGGACAACACAUGCUGCAUUUCUGAGCUGCUCGAGCAGAGGGCGACGGCCAAUGCAGUGAACAAAGCUGGACUGACACCUUUACAGGAAGGGUGCAGCAUGGGCAACAAGGAGCUGGUGGACGUACUGCUCAGGUAUGGAGCCGACAUAAAUAAGCUGAGCAAAGCGGGAGAGAACUGUUUGUUCCUGUUCCUGAACCACAGGCCUAAUGUAAGCAACAGAUCUCUGCUGGUGAAACUCAUCAGUCUGACCUCUCCGCUCACUGUGUACAACCAGAAAGGCCAUCUGCCUUCAACCUUGAUGCUUCCAUGUUUCUUCAAACAGAGAGACCAGCUACUAAACCUCAUUCAGCAGCCAAGGAGGCUUCAGGAUAUUUGCAAGCGUGAAAUUUAUCUAAAACAUGUCCAAGACAAGAGAAAACAGCUGAUAAAAAUCCUUCCUGAGAGGCUAUAUGACUUUGUAUUCAACUACUGGGAGAAUUUAAAAAUUUCCUUUGAGACAGAUGAACUAGACUCUAUCAAUAACGUAUAUGAUAUUGCUCCUAUUUAACACCUGUGCGUCACUGCAAACUGCAUGUGACCCUUCUCUGAUCAAAUAAAAUCUAUCGAAGCAGCUUA